AUGAAACCGUUCAUCUCUGCGGGCCCCCCCUCCGGCCUGCUGCUGGUCCUGAUGUGCUGCCCCCUGCUGGGCUUGGUCCAGUCUGCCAGCAGCAACAAGGCCAGCGAUAACGGACACCCGCACCUGGGAGACUCCGACCCAGAGCGCUGCAUGAGGCACCACUUUGUGGAGACCAUCACACACCCGAUUUAUAAGUGCAACUCCAAGAUGGUGUUGCUGGCGCGCUGCGAGGGCCACUGCAGCCACACGACCCGCUCCGACCCCCUCAUCUCCUUCAGCUCGGUGCUCAAGCAGCCCUUCAAGAGCACCUGCUCCUGCUGCCGGCCGCACACCUCCAAGCUGAAGGCGGUGAGGCUGCGCUGCGCCGGCGGGACUCGCAUCACGGCCACUUACAGAUACAUCCUAGCCUGCAACUGCGAGGAGUGCAGCUGAGCGGGGAGCAGCAACCCUCCCAGACCCUCAAGACUCUCAAGACCCAGGAUCCUCUUGGCCUCGGGCCUCGCUCUUCAGCUAUCCAGAGCGUUUUUGGUUGAUUAUUGGAUCAGGAAAUUGCCCCGGAGGACAGCGGCUCAAGUUGUUGUUAUCUUGGGAGUGAUAGUUUGGAGCGAUCGUACCACCCUCACACAGACCUUAAAAUUGACCUGCAGCCUCUGGGACUCAGACCGAACAUACUAUACCCUCUCCAUUAUGUGCGUCCAAUCAGUACAAACCAUACGAAGUAUAUUUCUCCAGCGCACGAGGCCAGACACCACAAACUGCCGUUCCCAUGGGCCACAUGGAGACCCUCCUCGCUGCGGAGACGCACUGCGCUCAUUACAGGCCUCCGUAAUUCAUAACACACAUGCUCACAAACCACAGUAUGAGAGCUCAUUACAAAUAUCUGCAGCAGCUUUCUGCCAGCUCCAUAAAAACCCCGCCGCGCAUAUGACAACAAAACAACACGCCUCGUUAAAACGCAGCACGGGAAAGGACAAGGCUCGAUGAGAGCGUGCGGCCUACGUGAGCCCGGACAUGUGGCGGACCUAUAGGGGAGCACCUGCGCCGCGCUUACUCACCCAGUAACAUUUUACACACUCCCUGCGGACUUUCAUCUAGCUGUGUAAAACAUGAGCGACGCUGACAGCAGAGCUCAUCAGGUGAACAAUAAAAGAGUGGCGGCAGACGGUGUAAGAGGAGCUCAGAGGAUGAAAGAGGAGCGGGGAUGAAGGUUAAGCCAGCGCCUGGGUGGUCGUGCGGACCAUCAACAGACUUUCAGUGUUCAUUUUAAAUGUAAUCUAUUCUAUUUGAAUCUUUGGGAUGUUCCUGUCAACAUUAAUGAAACUGUAGCUGCCGCUUUUGCCUGUCGUGUAUCGUUACUAAUGACAUGUUCAGUGUUUUGACUCGGAGCAAACUCUCCUGUCACAACUGUGCUAUGGUCGCUCUGCAUACGUCUGUAAAGCCUGCGUACGUUUCCCUCAUGAUGAAUACCAGAACUUCAAACUCUCUGUGUGUGUGUGUGCCAGGCUCGAAUACGUCUGAAUCGUCUUUGGCCAUCAGUGAUUGUGGUCACUUUAUCUGAAUUAAAAAAUGAACAACUCUCACGAUGUACCAAUUGUGGUUUCUUCUAUCAUAAAAACUCCAAUUUUCAAACACCACAAAAAUUUCAGUGCAUUUAUUUUGAGUUUGAACAGAAUAAUGGGGCUUUUAUGGGAGCAAAAAGGCCAGAAUACUUUUUUAUUUAACCACUACUGAAUAUUUAAUUUAAAUUUAAAUACCACUGAAAUAUUGAACUUUAGGGAGCGAAGUAGUGGUGUGCUGCAUGACUGUCUUUAUCAUGAGACUCA